UUUUGUUUUCGUCUUCUUCUUCUUCUUUCUUCUUCUCCCUUAUAUGUCUCUCCUUCUUUCCAUUAAAAUGUUGCUCACUUAUAUGUCUUUGAAAUUCCAAGAUGCUGUUGAUGGGGCUUGGGUUCAUUCAAUUGGAUUCCCAAAAACUAUGAUUGUGGUAGAUAGGCAGCAUCCUCAAUUGAUAGGGGUGGGCAAAUCGAGAUCGACGCACUUCUUUGAUGGGUGCCAAACGGAGGUGGACAUGAUCGAUGAUCGAUGGAGCUUGGGUUCACUCAAUUGGGUUGAUUUUUGCCAUGGUGACCUUCAAAUUCCCUUCAAGGUGACCUUCAAGACUUGCAUUCGACUGGAAUGAAGGCGAAGAAGAGCCUUUGGUUCACUGGAGGAGCAUUUCCUUCUAUGUCACUAUAUUCGGAUAUAACCAAUAGAUUUCUUUUAGACAAGCAUAGAAUAACCCUUAUCCCCAUUUUAUGUUUAUUUUUUUCAUUGAACCGCUUGUGUGUAGAGAGGUGUAUGGGUUCAUUGUGUAAACAUAGCAUUUAACAGAAAUAAUAUAAAUUUCUUUUACAA